GAAAUCUGUACUCGCUCGCUCCUGAUCCUGUUCCCGAUUGAUAAAAGCAAACGCCACAUCUCCUGAACCUUCCCAUCGCCUCAAAUCUCUCUCUCUCUCUCUCUCUCUCUCUCUCUCUCUCAGCUGUCUCAGGUUUCUCCAGAUCUUCUUCAAGUUAGGAAAAGAUGAACGACCUAAUGACGAAAUCCUUCAUGAGCUACGUCGACCUGAAGAAGGAAGCCAUGAAGGACCUCGAGGCCGGCCCCGACCUCGAGAUGUCGGCCUCCACGACCCAGAUGGACACCAACAUGGGGCUCUUCCUGGAAGAGGCGGAGAAGGUGAAGCAAGAGAUGGGCCAGAUCCGGGAGGUCCUGUCCCGGCUCCAGGAAUUGAACGAGGAGAGCAAGACCCUCCACAAGUCCGAGGCGCUCAAGUCCCUCAGGAGCCGGAUCAACGCGGACAUUACGGCGGUCCUGAAGAAGGCGAGGAUGAUACGGUCGCAGCUGGAGGAGAUGGACCGUGCGAACGCGGUGAACAAGAGGCUCUCGGGAUGCAAGGAAGGGACCACCGUGUACCGGACCCGAGUGGCGGUGACCAACGGACUGAGGAAGAAGCUGAAGGAGCUGAUGAUGGAGUUUCAGGGGCUGAGGCAGAGGAUGAUGACCGAGUACAAGGACACUGUGGGCAGGCGGUAUUAUACCGUGACCGGGGAGUACCCAGAUGAGGAGGUCAUUGAGAAGAUCAUUUCUAAUGGAGGCGAGGAGUAUCUCAGCAGUGCAGCACAAGAGCACGGGAGAGGCAAGGUGGUGGAGACGGUGGUGGAGAUCCAGGACCGAUACGACGCGGCCAAGGAGGUGGAGAAGAGCCUGCUGGAGCUGCACCAGGUGUUCCUGGACAUGGCGGUGAUGGUAGAGGCGCAGGGUGAGAAGAUGGACGACAUUGAGCACCACGUGAUGAACGCUGCACACUACGUCAAGGAUGGCACCAAGGACCUGAGGACCGCCAAGCAGUACCAGAGGAGCAACCGGAAGUGGAUGUGUUUUGCGCUGAUACUUCUGCUGGUGAUCAUCCUGGUGAUCGUGAUUCCAAUCGCCACCAGCUUCAGCCAUUCUUGAAGUGCUAAUCAUCCUCGGAGGAGUUGGAGGAUCUUAACGCCCCUGAUCCUGGCUUCUGCCAUUCUGGAAGCGUGAUUGUUGUCGGAGUUUAGAGGAUCCAAUGCCCCGUGAUCCUGUCAUCCGCUUGUUUUUUUUUUUUGUUUCCUUCUCUUCUUGUAAGAUCCUAAAGAUUUGAAGUGAUUUGGUGUUUUGCAGAGAGAAAUUGGUCCUUCCUGCUGGGACUAAAUGGAGUGUCCUCUGUACUGUAAUUCAUUCAUUUUUUGUGAUAUGAUAACUAAGAGGAAACCAAUGUUCCACUCUAGCA